UGACACAGUAACGUAUGUAUAACCAACCAUAAAGAUUUACAUUAUUUGAGUCAUUAUUCGAGUCUAAAUUAAUGCUGCCAGUGAUGGCCAGGCUGUUGUCCUUGACUCAAUCAAGCUGUCAAAUUUACGCAGGUGAGACGAAUCCACCUAAAUCAAUAUUCGUGAGGGCUGGACUAUGGUGUAGAAUUGUUGGAUGCAAACUUCAAAGAGCGGAAAUUCAGAGUUUCCCUUGACUGGGUCCUGGUUCUGGAGUAGAGGAUGCAGACCAUCCACACAUUGGAUAGCCAGGUGCAUGCUGUCCUGGAGAGCAUUGUCAGAGCGCCUUUCAGGGUUGAGCCUGGGGCUCUGGCCAGUUGGGGCUGUCUGAACAGGGACCUAAACAGGAAGAGGACUUUCAUCAGCCUCUCCUCCCUUCAGCCUUACUUCCUCUGCCAACAGCUACAUGACAACCAUAGAGAUGAGAGAUAUCAAACCCAGUUUCAGACCCAGACACUGCUACAUGAGCUGUGGCCAAAUCAUCAUAUCCAGCACCAUUCCCUGCUCCAGCUCCAUCACCAUCCUCUCUCCCAGUCCUGCCUGCUCCAGCCCCAUCCCCUCUCCCAGCCCUGCCUGCCCCAGCCCCAUCCCCUCUCCCAGCCCUGCCUGCCCCAGCCCCAUCCCCUCUCCCAGCCCUGCCUGCUCCAGCCCCAUCCCCUCUCCCAGCCCAGCCUGCCCCAGCCCCAUCCCCUCUCCCAGCCCUGCUUGCCCCAGCCCCAUCCCCUCUCCCAGCCCUGCCUGCUCCAGCCCCAUCCCCUCUCCCAGCCCUGCGCAGGCGCACUGAGCAGCCAGGCAGAGAGCUCUGCUGAGCAUGCCCCGGAGGGACGCGUCUGCGUCAGCCUAUUAUGCAGACGGGGGGCCGAGCCAGCAGAGCAGAGAGAGAGAGACACUGACGCAGAGGGGCAGUCACGGAGAGAGAGCAAAAGCAGCAGGAGGAGGAGGAGGAGGAGAGAGAGCGUGCAGGCGCGGUUGCUAUCGUUGUCGAACGUCUCCGCUGCAUCAUUGUCAACAUCAGCGCUGCUGCCAUCGUCACCGGAAAGCCAGCAUAACGGAGGACUCUCUGUUCAGCACAACAACAACCAGCAGCAGCAGGGAGCAGGAAGCAGACGAGGCCCACACUGGAGCAUCUGUCCCAGGCAUGGCCUGAGAGGCAAGCGGGGGUGCUGCCGGAGGUGGAGAAGCAUCAUGGGGAACCAAGAGGCGAAGCAGAGGAAGGCCGCGGCAGCGGGGGAUGGAAACACCGUUGCCGCGGACGACGCUCCGGGGCUCCGCGAGGCGGAGAGCACAAAGAAGGGAGGAGGAGGAGCGGGGAAGAAAUCCCACGGCAGGCACGGCAGAGGAGGAGGGGACGGAGGGACCAAGAAGAAAAACAAAUCCGAGUCCAAGUCGUCCGUGUUCUCCAUUCGUAAGCGGAAGAACCAGUCCAAGGGGAAGGGAGGGGGCUCCAUGGGGGGGUCCAGGGAGGACGUUCUGGUGUCCCAGCAGGACGAGCUGGACAGCGCUCACUCCCUGUGCAAGACCCCAGACCUCUCAGCGGACGAGCUGGGCCAUUCGGACACGGAGGCGGUGGAGCACGGCAGCGGCCGGGUCGCCGCGGCCCGGGGAGAGAGCGGGAAGGCAGGCGCCACCACGGCGAAAAGCCCCGGAGAGGAAGGGCCGCGGGCCAGCUCAGGGUCGGACACGGACAUCUACAGCUUCCACUCGGCGGCGGAGCAGGAGGACCUGCUAGCAGACAUCCAGCAGGCUAUCAGGCUGCAGCAGGGGGGGCUCAUCUCAGGGGCUGAGGGACUGGGAGGCUGGGGGGGCAAUGGAGGAGGAGUGAGGAGGAAGCAGAGCUGUGACACCACCACUCCCACCCCCCCUGAGCCAGAGAGAGAGACCCAGCUCCAGAAGGGGUCCGUGUGUGUGUCUGGACCCCCGGCUGACUCUCUGUCUGCCUCUGCCCCCAAGACACAGAAUGGCCUGCUUUCAAGCCUGCUUAGUUCCUUGAAUGAAGCUGAGGAGAGGGAGAGGGAGAGAGAGGAGGAGGAGAAGGAGGAGAAGGAGGAGGAGGAGGAGGAGGAGGAGGAGGAGAGGGAGCAUGCUGCCGCUGUAGCACAGCUAAACGGGGAGCGGACAGAGCUAGAGGAGCCCGAGGCUCAAGCAGCCCUUUGUGCUGUUGCCGCGGGGACAAAGGACCAGCAUGCUGCUCAUCUCACUCCCCUCCCUCUUCUCCCCUCCACUACUGCCUCAGAGACGGAUAGGGGGGUGGGGGGCCUGGUUGCCAAGACAACCAGCGCUAACAGCUUCAUGGAUCUCACCGCCUCGUUUGAGAGUGCUGUGGAGCCCCCUGAGGAAUUGGAGGAAUUGGAGGAAUUGGAGGAAGUAGAGGAAGUAGAGGAAGUAGAGGAAGUAGAGGAAGUAGAGGAAGUAGAGGAAGAGGUUGAGGUGGAGGAAGAGGUUGAGGUGGAGGAAGAGGUGGAGGUGGAGGAAGAGGUGGAGGAAGGUGAUGAGCUGGAGGAAGGUGAUGAGGAGGAGAACGGCCUGUACCCAGACAAGCCCUCUCUGUCUGCAGACAGCCAUAGCGACCACAGCAGGAGCCAAGAGUUCCAGGGGGAUCUCAGCGAGGGGGGGCUGAGUUCCCACCAAGCCUCCGAGGAGGGGGUCUGUCUGGGGGGCGGCACAAGCGUCGAGUCCCUGGAGUGCGUCAGCUCCUCGGAGCCCCUCCCCGAGGACGCCCCGACCAUGGAGCGUAGGAAGAGCAGCGUGUCCUUCUCCCAGUGGACGCUCCAGGAGAGCCCUCUGGCCACGCGCCUGCUCAAGUCCAGCCUGGCGGGUGGGGGUGGGGGCGGCGGCGGGGGAAGCCCCACGGUCAAGCCCUACCCUCCCAUCUUCCCCUCCUACAUCAAGACCACCACGCGCCAGCUCAGCUCCACCAGCUUCUCCCCGGGCGCCUCGCCGACCCAGAGCCCGCUCUUCCACCGGCGCUACUACGAGCUGGGUCACCACCGGGCCGAGCAGCGGCGCCUGCGGAGGCAGCGCUCCCACAGCAUCACCGGGCCGCUCAGCCGCUCCGCCGACUGGACCGAGGACCUGGAGAGGCUGCGUCCGGGGGAGGAGGAGGGCGAGGGGGCCUACCUGGGGUACGGGGGCUCGGAGGACAGGCUGAGAGGGGGCAGCCAGCCCCUCUGUGCCACGCGGAGGUCCUCCUGUGGACAGUUAUCCACCGGCAGCUUCCAGGACGUCUUCACUGGGCGCACCCUGCUGGAGAAGCUGUUCAUGCAGCACGAGUCCGGCCCUCCGGAGGAGGCAGAGCGUCUGUGCUCCCGCAUCCUGGCCAUGGGCCUCCUCCUGCCCUUCUCCGACUGCUUCCGGGAGCAGCUAGGGGGCAGCACCCCCCACAUCGUCUCCAAGUUUGACAGUGUGUCGGACAAGGAGACCGAUGCGGACAGAAGGAGACACGCGGACCCAGACAGAGAGGCAGAUCCCGAAAGGCAUGCGGGCACCGACGCAGAGAGAGCCAGGGACACCGCGGAGCCCGUCAGCUGCCCCCUCUCUGCAGUGGUGUGUGGGGAUGCCAGCAGGUCCCUGGUCCUGGCCCAGGUGCCGGAGCUGGUCCGCGAGCUGCUGACAGUCAGCGGGCAGAGCCGGGGUGAGGAGAGGGAGAGGAGGCUGGACCUGGCUUGGCUCAAACUCAAACAGACCGUGCGGCGGAAAUGUAGCCUGUUUGAACACUUGCAGCAAGACCAGCUGUACACCUGGGCGGCAGUGAGCCAGCCACCCCAGUCCAUGGAGCACAUUGAAGGGCGCAUCCCUGGGCAGAUUAGGACCCUGUGGCCUCCGCCCAGACCUGGAGGGGAGGACCGGCCUGGCCUGAAGUACACCGAGGCUGAGCACCAGGCAGCCAUCUUGGGUCUGAAGAGACAACAGAAGGAGCAGGAGAAAGAGCUGCAGGAGGAGUCGGUGUUCAAGACGGUGAAGCUGAAAGAGGAGCAUGUAAAUGUCAUCGAGCAGCUUGAGCAGACCAUUGAGGACCUGAGGACCAAGAUUGCAGAGCUGGAGAAACAGUACCCCCUGCUGGACAAAGACGGCACUGCCACCAGGGACCAGGAGUGCGGGGGGGAGGCGGGGCUGCUGAGGGCUGUGUGCGAUGUGGACCUGCAGACGGACGAGGGACUGUGCCUUCUCCUGGGUCGCCUGGAAGCCAAGUCCGUCCAGACGUCGCCCAUGGACGAGGGCUUUAGGUUCAAAGUGCCUUUAGUGGACCAGACACAAGCAUCCAUGGCCCCACCCCCCCCUCCACCUCCGCCCCUCCCCUCCCAGAAUGGGGUGGCUGUUCCCCCCUCUGGCCCCGCCGGCCUCCCCUCUGAACUGCCCGGCUCACCCAAACAGGGGCAGGGAUUCGUGUGUACGUGCCAACAGCAGCAGCAGAGUGGUACCCAACCUCCGCCUCCUCCCCCUCCCCCACCCCUCCCUGGCCUACUCGUUCCUCCCCCGCCUCCCCCGCCACCUCCCCCACUUCCAGGGCAGGCCAUAGCCCCUCCACCACCCCCACCCCUACCAGGAGGUGCUAUGCCUCUUCCUCCACCUCCACCCCCACUCCCUGGUAUGUCCAUGCCCCCACCCCCUCCACCCUUACCAGGCAUGUCAGCACCACCACCACCGCCCCCUCUGCCAGGCGGAGGACCCCCACCCCCUCCACCGCUACCUGGGAUGGGACCCCCUCCUCCUCCUCCUCCUGGUUGUGGAGCCCCCCCACCACCUCCACCUCCUCCAGGAGUCUGUUUCCCCCCUACGUCUGGAGGGCUGGGCUCCCUGCCCCCUCCACUGCCCCUGGGACUUUACGCCCUGGGAAUGGCCCAUGAGAAACCCCCCCGGAAAGGCAUGGUUGAGCCUCCCAGGCCCAUGAAGCCCUUGUACUGGACCAGAAUACAGCUGAAUAUGAAGAAGGAGGUGAGCUCCUCUCUGGUGUGGGACAAGGUCGAGGAGCCUGACGUGGACUUCCAGGAGUUUGUGGAGCUGUUCUCCAAAACAGCUGUCAAGGAGAAGAAAAAGCCCCUGUCUGACACCAUCACCAAGUCUAAAGCCAAACAGGUGGUGAAGCUGCUGAACAACAAGCGUUCCCAGGCAGUAGGCAUCCUGAUGUCCAGUCUGCACCUGGAUAUGAAGGACAUCCAGCAUGCCAUUAUGAACCUGGACAACACUGUGGUGGACCUGGAGACGCUGCAGGCCCUCUACGAAAACAGAGCACAACAAGAUGAGAUGGAUAAGAUUGAAAAGCACAUCAAAUCCUCCAAAGACAAAGAAAACGCCAAGCCCCUGGAUAAGCCUGAACAGUUUCUGUUCCAGCUCUCAGAGAUCCCUAACUUUUCAGGCAGGGUCUUCUGUAUCCUCUUCCAGUCCACCUUCUCUGAGUGCAGCUCCUCCAUCCACCGCAAGCUAGAAAUCCUGCAAAGAGCCUGCACUAUCCUGCAGAGUGGAAACGGGGUGAUGAAGGUGCUGGGUCUGGUUCUGGCCUUUGGGAACUUCAUGAAUGGAGGGAACCGGACCAGAGGCCAGGCGGAUGGCUUCAACCUGGACAUCCUGCCCAAGCUCAAGGACGUGAAGAGCAGUGACAACAUGCGAAGUCUUCUGUCCUACAUUGUGGCUUACUAUCUCAGGCACUUUGACGAGGACGCUGGCAGAGAGACGUGUGUCUACCCUCUCCCUGAGCCUCAGGACCUGUUCCAGGCCUCCCAGAUGAAGUUUGAGGACUUCCAGAAGGAUCUAUCCCGUCUGAGGAAGGACCUGCGUGCAUGCACUUCAGAGGUGGAGAAGGUGUGCAAGGUGUCGUCGGAAGAACAUCUGCAGCCCUUCAAGGACAAGAUGGAUGAAUUCAUCAGUCAAGCCAAAUGUGAAUUGGAGGCUCAGGAGACCCAGCUCAACGGGACGCACAAGAUCUUCCUGGAGCUGACCGUGUUCUUCUCAGUAAAGGCCAAGAUGGGAGAGAAGGAGGUUUCUCCCCACACCUUCUUCUCUGUGUGGCAUGAGUUCUCCUCAGACUUCAAAGAGCUGUGGAAGAAGGAGAACAAGCUGAUCCUACAGGAAAGGUUGAAGGCAGCAGAGGAGUGUUUCAGACAGGCCAAGGAGAAGGCCACCUACAGUGUCAAACCCAAGCACGCCUCAGGAAUCAAAGCCAAGCUGGGUAUGAAGAUCUGAUGGAUUGGCUGGUGGAGCACAGUGGAGACAGGAGGAUGAGGAAGAGACUAAGCCCAAUCGGACUGCAUGGACCAGCAGGUGAACUGUACAAGAACAGUAAUACCUGUCUGGCUGUCUGCCUGCUUGACUUCUGAGGUACUGCUCCAUUAUCUUAACGUGCUCUUUCUCCAUACCCACACCCAACAAGGAGUCCUGUGAUUUGUCCAAAUAAUGUCAAGACAACAGGAACCUGUUAUCAGAUAUAUGGAUGUAUAAGACACAGGAUAGUGACCAGCAAACAGUGGAGUGUAUGACAACGGUGUCAGGUCCUUCAACAGUAUUAUUUUUUUAAUAAUCUUGCAUUCAAAACACAAUUUAAGUUACAUCAGUUCAAUCUCAAUGUUGUUCAAAUCCUACUUGAUUACAAUUUUUAAAACAAAGGUGUUUUAAAAAAUGAAUUAAAAUAAAAAAGUCUGUGUCCAGGUAAAUAAGGAUCCAGCUCGUCUGAGUUGGUUUUGAGUCAACAAAACCUCUGAAUGUGGACAUACGAUCUCUGAGCUCAGCUAAAUUACGGCAGUCAACUGCUUUCUGGAGCUUUCCGUAACUGUACGGGCACAUCUGCUCUAAAGUACAAAAUCUUUGGCAACGUACAUCUGUGUCAUCCAAAGUAUGAGAAAGAAAAUGCCUAACCUCUGUAAAUGUAUAACUGACUCACUUAUUUAAGAUGAAAUGCUCAUUUUGAAUCUUAAGUUUGUUUGUGAGAGUUGGGUGGGGAAGGUUAUUACAUUUCUUUGGACACUAACAUUGUAAGAAAGUAUUCAGAGGAAUGUUUAAUUUUGCAUUUAAAUUACAACACUUGACUUGGUUGCAAAAAUAUAUAUUUAAAAAUGCUAUUCGAUGAUUUUAUCAAUGUAAAGUAGUAUUCAAUUGUGUAACAUUCUUUUGUUAAUGUUGUGUUCUGUGCCCAGCAUGUCAAUCACUUAACAAUCCUGGAUUUGUUUGAGGUUUGAAUCCUCCAUGUGCAAUAAGUGUUUGUAUAAACCAGAUCUUUUGUUUUGGUUCGGGAGGAGUGUAAUUUAUGUAAAAUAAAAGGAUGAAUAAAUUCAGCAUUGUA